AGAAGAAGAGUGGAAUUGUAGUAAAAGUGAGGUUGUAUUGUACUGUUUAAAAUUUAAAUUUGAAUUUUUGCACGUAAUUUACUUUAUUAUAAGUUAUAAGCGAUUAUAAGUUUAAUUUUCAGUCAUGUCUGCAGAAAAUUUAGAACUAAAAACUGAUACAGGAAGCCUUGUUAUGAAAGAACAUUUCCUUUCUACAGAAAGAUCAGAAAUAAAAAAUGCAGACGAAGAUACAGAUUCAGUUUUCAAAAAAAUAAAAGAAUUGAGUGUAUCUAUAUUGGACUCUAUUACAAAAGAUCACAUAGAAAACUUUACCUUUUUUAAUAAACGACAUUAUGAAGACUAUUAUUUUGUAAAUUGUAAUAAACAGGGACACAAUGAUGAUAUGUGUAUAAGAGUACAUACUAACAAAUUAUUACUUUUGAGUCUAGCAAAUGGAAAUGAUAUAAUAAAAACUGGUAAAAAUAUUACAGAAAUAGACUUUAUAAUCAAUAAAGGCGAUAGAUCUAAAAUAAAAGUACAAGGAAAAAGAAAAUUAGGAGCAAGGCAACUACAUCCUGAAACCGUUGUAUGUAAAGUAAAACUUGAAGGCGAAGAGGAACUGCGAAAUGUAAGAGCCGGCAUAACUGGGUACUUAAUAGAAAUCAAUGAACUGAUUAAGAAGAAUCCUAACUUACUAAAAACUGAUCCAAAAUGUGAUGGUUUCUUAGCAAUUGUGAUGCCAAAAGGCCCGCUCCGAGAUACAGAAAUAUUAGUUAAUAAUAACCACUUAAUUAAGGAAGAAAAAUAUUUCGAAUUGUUGCAAAAUUUAGAAUUGAACAAAUGAUUAAAUAUUGGUAAUAAAUAUUGCUUCGUUU